CCCAGAGACAAGAUGGCGCUAAAAACAUCGCUUGUUGUUCUUCUUUCGUUUAUAACGGUGGACUUGUCUUUUUCGGCGAAGAUUGCAGGUUUUAGCGGAGCAGCUUCAGGAACCCACUAUUUCAACUUAAAGAAAGUUAUGGAGGAGUUGGUUUCACGAGGACACGAGGUAGUACUUCUUAAACCCGCUUAUCGCGACGAGUCACCGAGCACUGGGGACAAGGUUCACCACAGGACGUUCAAAAUACCAUUCAACGAAAAGGAUGGCGAGACAUUCGUGAUAAAAACGUCUAUUGGAGAGAGCAUGUGGAAGGGGAUAAUCAACAUUAUCGACCUAAUGGAAGUCGUGUGUGAGUCAUUGCUGAAUGACACGGAGCUGCUUUAUGAAAUAAAGGAUUUUGAUUUGAUUGUAUACGAAAGUUUUGCACCUUGUGCCCCUCUGGUGGCUGAACUCUUCGACAUUCCAGAAGUGGUCAUUAAUUCUAAUCCUCCGAGCAAUCUAGAUAAUUCUCUGUACAUGGUGCCAUUCCCUGUUUCAUAUGUUCCUUCGCGUCUGUUACCGUUUUCCUGUGAAAUGUCAUUUCCUCAGCGUGUGAUUAACUUUUGUAUGGUCAACAUUUUUCAGUUUGUAUUGGAAACUUUGUCUGUCAGAUCCUAUAGCUCUUUGAAGGAAAAAUACAACAUUACUCCCGAUGUAAGCUUCCGUGAGGCUGUUGCCAGCGCUGAGCUCGUGCUUUUCAACGGUGAUUUUGCAAUUGAGUGUCCUCAACCUCUUCUUCCAGGUCAAAUCAUGUUGGGUCCCAUCGCUGCAGAAUCUAAACCCAAUCCACUCCCCCCUGAUUUGGCGGAUUUUAUUAACAGUUCCGGGGCACACGGGUUUAUCAUUGCCUCUUUUGGAUCGUAUGCACAAACGAUUAUUUCUAAAAGGACGAUCGAUGUUUUGGCAGCGGCCUUUGGAAAAUUGAAGCAGAAAGUCAUCUGGAAACUUAAAGGCUAUAUUCCAUCAUCUUUAAGUCCAAAUAUCAAAGUAAUGAAGUGGAUACCACAGAACGAUCUCUUGGCUCACAAGGAUAUCAAAGCUUUUGUAUCUCACACUGGAAUAAACAGCUUCUAUGAAUCGGCAUACCAUGGGGUUCCUGUGGUGGCUAUUCCAUUGUUUAUGGACCAAUUUUCUAAUGCAAGGAAAGCAGAAUACUUUGGAAUAGCGACGGUUUUGGAUCAUCAAACUAUGAGUGCCAAAGAACUCUUUGAGGCUAUACAGCUUGUGAUGAACGAACCAAGAUUCAAGGAAACAUCUAUGCGCAUUUCUCGUCUAAUGAAAGACAGUCCACGAACUCCCCUGGAGAAAGCUGGCGACUGGAUAGAGUAUGUACACAGACAUGGUGGAGCCCAACACCUCAGAGCUCAAGUGUUUAACAUCCCCUGGUACCAGUACUACUUACUUGACGUCAUAGCUUUCCUUGUAGCUAUAGUAAUGUUAGUUGUGAUGGUGAUGAGUUUGGCAUGUCGCUGCCUGUGUCGUGUAUGCUGUAAAAGAAGUGCCAAUAAAAAUAAGGAAGAUUAGAAUCUCCGCCGAAA